CACCUCAGUCACUCCUCAGCUGACGGUGGGGAACCAUACGUCAAACUGCUGCAUCUCAUUAAUCUUGGAUGUUAUGUGGUUUUAGCAGUUAUUACCUGUCUAGACAAAGUGCAAAAUCAUUUCUAACCAUCUAACAACAGACAAGGAAGGUUCUUUGUAAGGGAUUUCUUUCAAAAUACCAUUGAUUAGACAACCACCUGUGGCUCACCUUGGACGGGAGGGGGACACGUGUGCGGCCAGGCAGCGGUCUUCAUGGAGCUGUGCUUUUCUCAUUAAUUCCACGCCCGUCCUGCGGCCACACAAUGCCGGAGCAGAUCCACAACCAGGUCGUCGUCAGAAUUGCUGACGAUCUCGAAGAUAAGCCGAUCAGGGUGGUGUCCCCGUCCUGUCGCGGGAAGGACCAGAAGAAGGAGCCGGAGCAGCGCAAGCCGCGCACGGGCCGGGCAGGGGAGGUGUCUGUCAUCCUGGACUGGCUCUGCCUGUCGGGGGCGCGGGCGGUCCGGCAGGCACGCCUCCGGGAGUUCGGGAUUACGUGCGUGAUCAACUGCACGGUGGAGCUCCCCGCCGUGCCCUUGGACGGGGUGGAGGUGGCGUCCCCAAACUUGUCGAGCUACAUGUCUGACAUUGCUGACAAGAUUGAGGAAGAGCGGAGGCGGGGCGGCCGCGUGCUGGUGCACUGCGUGGCGGGCGUGAGUCGCUCGCCCGCGCUGGUGCUCGCCUACCUGGUCAAGCACUGCGACAUGAGCCUCCGCGAGGCCUUCUUGCACGCGCGGAAGGCGCGGCCCAACAUCCGCCCCAACGCCGGCUUCUUCGCGCAGCUGAUCGAGUUCGAGCGGGAGGUACGUGGCGGCGCGAGCGUGACGCUGGUGCGCGACGCCGCCCUCGGCCUGGCCAUUCCGGACGUGUGCGAGGACGAGCUGCGGGCGCUGCGGGACACCCGGGAGCCGUGCGCUGCGGGGACGGUGGGGCGCGGCUGA